AAAUGUUUUUACCAAUAAGUGACAUUGCGCUUACUUUUUAUAAUUCUUUCUAAAUGGGGAGUAUUUACUGACGCAAGUAUUGGGGUCACAUUUCUCAUAAAUUUACGUGUAGGAUUAUAUUCGUCAUGUGAGCGCGAUAAUCCGAUUGCCUUCGGAUGGGUUGGCCAUUAUGGCCGACAAUUGACUGACAGCCUAACCAACCUAUGAGGCUGCAGCCCAAAGCAUACAACCAAUCAGGGUGGGUCAUUCGAGAGACUGUUGGGCAAGAUGCAGCCUUGUGAUUGGCUGUGUUUUUAAAUCCGCAGCCUCAUGGACGCCGUUCUACACGCUACUGGAAUCCGAAUCAAACAAUUUGCGUUAGUCUGAAUUUUGUCUCAUCUUAACGUCUUAUUCUGAAUACCCUGUUACUGUAACGGGUAUCACUUAUAUCUAAGUGAUUACGGGUUAUACGAGAUCCAGGCAGAGAUGUCAAGCAAUCGCAGAAGCACACAUUUCUGGACCGAGGAAGAAACAGAUUUCCUUUUACAAAGUUUAAAAGAGAUGCACAUAGACCGAUACAGGGACGGACGCAAGCACCGCAACAGUCUGCUCUUCAGGAAGGUUUGCGCCAGACAUAAGGAGGCAGGUUUUAGGCGCUCAUGUGAUCAAGUCAAACAUCGCUGGAAAACCCUAAAAUCCAUUUACUAUAAGGCCAAGAAACAAAACCCCAGCAACUCUAAUAGUGCAUUUAAACAUUUUGAUACAAUGGAAGAAAUUUUUGGACAUAGACCUUUGGUUGUUGUGACAAACCAAACUGGAGACAUCGACUUUAAAGACGGAUCCCCUUUGUCGGACAGCAAAUGCUUUACUUUUGAGGAUGGUGAAGAUGAUGACGAUGAUGAUGACGGUGAUGGUGAUGAUGAUAAUGGAGUGGAUGACAUGGAAGGUGGGAUACAGGAAGUCCAGUCAGUGAAAACGGAGAAUGAACCCCUCGUCCUCACGCAAGCGUCCCAGGAGAGCUCCACCUGUACAGAAAGCUCUACUUCCACACAGCCAUUCACGUCCACAGACAGCAUGACAUCUUCACAGCCAUCCUCCUCCCAGCAGCCUCCAGCUCAAGGUAUGUUCAGGCGCAGAAGGACUUGUUGCAGUGCAUUGCACACUCAGUAUCAAGACUUUCUUGAAAGAAUGCAGCAGACGCAGAACAUGUGGCUGGAGCGUCAGUGGGAACAGAACCAGGCGCGAGAGGAACGACUCAUUGCCAGAGUCCUGGCUGAACACACACGCUCUAUGGAGGCUUUAGUCAACCAGCUGUUCGCAGGGUUAAGAAGCCUCCUGCCCCAGUCCCAGUCCCAGGCCCAUCCCAACCUGCAGUCGAAUCCCCAGACCGACAUCCUCAACACACACCCCGCACGCCAGACAACAGCCAUGACAUCUCAGCCUGAAGAAGAUUCAAAAGACCACAUGUCAGAGACUCUCAAGCCGCCCCUCAAUGAUUCAAAGAGUCCCUCAACUGGAAUAUGAAUGAUGCAUUCUUUGUUGCGUUUUGAGCAACCUGGUUCGUAAAACCCAAAGAAGCAGUCGAGCAUUUUUGAACACGAAGUUCAGAAGACAUGUUGUUUUAGCUAACUAUGGUAUUGGUAAACAUAUUAGCCUAUGUUUAAAUGAUUUGUUGUUAUUGUUUUUUUCUGUACCAGCUACUGAGUGAAAUAUCCAUCUAAUGUUCAAUAACGAGUCUGUGU